AUGUGCCUCAAUGUUUUAGUGAACGGGCUCAUCUUCAAUCCCCCAGAAGUUCGUCGUAGGUCUCUUCCUGAGGAGCUCUCCCCAUCAUCGUCGCUCAGUAUGACGCUCAGUAUAACGCUCAGUAUUAUAAGUGUAGUCCCUCUAUGCCUCUUGCUGCAGCUUGGCUUGACCACUGCUCAAUUUGCCAUCUACGAGCCAGACUGGCUCGACUCUACCCUCGGCGAUGCGUGUAUCAAUGCUCUUUCCGCCAACUUUAAUUGCGUUGAAUAUGUGCAAACAUUCAUGCAACUACGUUAUCGCACAUCUCUUGAAAAUGUCACUUUGACGGAUAUGAUAUGUACAAGCGACUGUUCAGCUUCCUUGAAAAAUUGGUUCGACUCUGUCACUGCAAACUGCGCAGGCAAGACUCUUAAUGAUGGCAAUCCUACAGCAUUUGGUGGUUAUAUGUGGGCUGGAUUCAACGAGACCUGCGUUAAAGAUCCCAGGACAAAGCAGUAUUGCAAUGGUAUAAACAAUCCUCUAGUCUCGUCCAAAAACUAAUGGGACUUGUGACAUAGACAUUAUGUUCAACUUUACAGAUGUCCCCAAUAUAACAUCUAUGCCCCGAGAAGAACUGUGCCAUACAUGUCACAUUCGCCGUCUCGCUAUGAUGCAAUCCUCUCAAUACUCCAUCUACGACGACUUCUUCAAAGAGCAACUCGAAUACGUCUACACACAAUGCGGCAGUAUCGGUCCAACAACCAUCCCACCCGCUCUCGUAACCACGAUUACGACUCCAACCCCCUACUGCGUGUCCGGCAAACGUUACACAACCCUCCAAACCGACACCUGCGAAUCCAUCGCCAACAGUACCUCCGUCUCCUCCGCCUCUCUCUACAUGGGAAACCAAGCCCUCCUCCCCUCCUGUCUCACCAUCUCCCCCGGAAUUAGCCUCUGCCUCCCCAUAACCUGCCAAACAUACUACGUGCAACCCACCGACACAUGUAUCUCGAUCGAAAUGGCCCUCGGACUCGAUUUUGACCAACUCCUCUCCUACAACAGCUGGCUCAACCCCACCUGCAGUAAUCUCCAACCGGCCACCGAUUUCUACGGCAAAAUCAUCUGCGUCUCCCCACAAGGCGGCACAUUCACAGGCACAGCAGCCCCCCCUGUCCCAACCGAGCCCUCAGAUGGCUACACACGGGUUUCCAUUCCCCCACCUGCAGAUAUUCCUAUCGCUCCGGGCACUACACUCAGCUGUGGAAAAUGGCACGUGGUACUCACAUCCGAUACCUGCACGACUAUUUGCGUGCAGAGUUCGAUCGAGGCGAGCUUAUUCCGAUUAGUGAAUCCGUCACUGGCUAGUGAUACUUGUACAUUGUCUUUGGUGCCGGGAACGGCGCUAUGUGUUGGGCCUACUUAUUCGUGGAAUAUUACUGCGCCGGCGACGAGUAUGGUGUUAGAGAGCACUUCUACGGUCGUUGGGGUCAGGAGGGGAGAGGCGACGAUGGUUAUGAGGGGGGAAGAGGGUUGGUUGUGA